AUGAUGAAUCCUGAAGGAGCUGUGAAGGACAUGCGGGCUUUGCAGCGGGCUGUGGAGGUGGUGGGACGAGGGAGCGGGCACUUCGCCUUCUAUGCAGACCCUCAGCCCCGCUGCAUUUUGUCCGAAGCACCACCGGCUGACGCAAUGGCGCCGUCCGAAUUGAUGGUGAGGACUUGCGAAGAGAGCCACUUGGAGAACGGCCACAAGCGUGCCAUGAACCAUCUCACCUCGGCACCCCUUCGCGCUGUCGUUCCGGAGAACUGGGCAACAGUGUCUUGGGCACUUCUCUUCGAGUGGUAA